AAGCCAUCGAAGAACUGGAAUCGUCUAGUAACACCAUCAAGUGUUGUACACGAACUCCUUGUCCUUCUCUGAAGACAAAGACACAACCUUUCUGGUUUGGUUCUCGUGCAAUCCUUUUUCCUUUUUGAUAAGAUUUCUGUUUCUAUAUUUUUGGAGCGGUUGCGCAAAAUUUUCAUUUGGUGGGUCUCAAUAAUUUCUGGGAAUUUGUGGGGGGUAAAAAAAACCCUUGAAUUUGGGAACAUUGGAUUGAAUAGACUUUGUUGUCUUGUUUGAUUGUGAAAUUACUCCCCAUUCUUGCUGAGCUGAAGUUCUAAUUUUGGAAUUGCACAAGUGUAGCUCAGACUCAAAGGCAGUAAGAAAUUUAGAAGGGAUUUUGAGAAAUGGGGAAGCCUUUGUUUUAUGAGAUCUUGGAAAAACCAGCCACCAGUUAUGUUAUAGGAAUAUGCAGUGCGAUUUGGUUCUAUAUACAGAAGAAAAAUAUUGGGUAUUCACAUGUGGGUCUGAGUUAUGAGACUGCCAUUGAAGGGCAUUAUUGGAGGAUAAUCACCUCUGCAUUUUCACAUAUAAGUGUUAUUCAUCUUGUUUUUAAUAUGAGUGCACUUUGGAGUCUUGGGGUGGUAGAGCAACUAGGCCACUUAGGCCUUGGUUUUGAGUACUAUUUGCAGUACACGCUUGUGUUGGUUGUUUUAUCAGGAUUGCUGGUUCUGGCCAUGUACCACGUGUUGAUUCAAAGAUUCAAGCUUGAGUAUUUUCGUCGUGUGACGGCUGUUGGGUAUUCCUGUGUUGUUUUUGGUUGGAUGACAAUUCUGAGUGUGAAGCAACCUUCUUCCAAGUUGGAUCUCUUUGGAUUUCUUUCUCUUCCUAUCAGUUUUGCGCCGUUUGAAUCGCUUGUUUUUACUUCAAUUAUUGUUCCUCAGGCAAGUUUUCUUGGCCAUUUAUCAGGGAUUGUUGUUGGGUAUGCUAUAGCUUGGGGUUUGAUUCAUGGGAUGAGCAACUACUGGGCACUUUCCUUAUUGGGUUGGACUGUACUUGUCUUUGUUUUGAGUUUGAAGAAAUCUGGAGCACUUGAUCUAAACUUUCUUGAGAUUGAAUCUGUUACUGAUCCUUCCUUACCAUCUGUACGGUUUUUAGCAUCAGGCAAUGGCAGAACACUGCAGAUGAGUGCAUUGCCAAAUGGAAAUGUUGAAAUUGUCUAAUGUUAAACUGAUAUAUCAUUGUGAUAUCAGAUGUUGCCUUGACACACUUAAUAUUGAUAGCAAUAUGAUUCUAAUUCUUCCAAUAUAGAAUUUGUUCAAAGCUUCUUCACAUCCGUUUUCAGAGUUUUCAUCUUUAUCUAUGUGAUAAUGAAUGUUCUCAGAUGAUUCUGUAUGUCAAUUUUCUGAAGUGAUACUGCUCAUCGCAAAUGUGCUGCUACUUUCUGCUUAUUUAAUUUGUUUGCUAGAAUCAGUUUCUGUUGUGUUCAUGGAUGAUAAGAUCAUAUUAAGAUAUAUUAUCACCAUUGCCUAAUUGGUUGCUAGAUAAAUAGAAAUAAGUGACUAAGUUUAUGGAAUUGAAGUUGAUUGUAUGUUACUGACUGUACGUAUGAUCACUGAAUGAUCUGGUUUGGUUUUUUCAUGAUUUCUGCUGCUUGGAACUACUCAACCAGAACGAUGGGGGAGCAGUUUGUAUCUU